CGUUAUCCCCUUGAACUUAUACAUCAAAUGAGUUAUCUUUCUGUUUAAAAAGUUUCAUCAUAAACACAGUAAGGAUUGUCUAAUUAGAGAUUACGGUUUAAGGUAGGAAACAAAUUAGAUUUGUGCUGAGCCUGAUCUAAGGAAGACAGGGUUGGGGUUAGCUACCUUGGUAAAGCCGGAAGCUCAGAACGCUGGAGGUUCCAUUGUCGACUAAGUUCAAGUAUUGAUCAAAAUUCUUUAGUUAAAUAACUAUUAUUGCGAAGCAUGAUGGGCUUUUAAACUGUUAAAAUAAUUUAUAUUGAUGUAUAAGUAGUAGAGUUCUGAUAACUAGUACCAUCAAAAGUCAUUUAAGUAAUUAUCAGAUCGAAUCCUAGUAAAAAUCAGUGUAUUAUUAAGAACUGUUAUUUUAAAUUAAGGUACAGUUAUUAAUUUUUAAGUCAUUAAAUACUGUUAUUAAUUUAUUAAAUACUGUUAUUAAGUCAUUAAAUACUGUUAUUUACCCUAAAAAAAUAUAUUAAAAAAAAAAAUUGACGUCACUUGGUAUUCGGUAGCCUAUACCGGGUAGCGGUCCAUCAUUCCCCUUUACACUUUGAACUCAUAUACUUUUAUACAAGCUUUGUUAGGUUGAUCCUUAAAUCAUGGCAUUCUUUGUAUUAGCUAAAAGGCAGCUGAUUUCCCAUCAAAUUCAGUUUCGUUCUUUGCUAUCAACACUUAUUGUUCGCCCCCAGAUUCCCUCUUCUUCAAAUGGGUAUUUCAACAUCUUCUCUCAGACAUUCCGUCGAACACUUUCAAUGCACUUUCAUACUCCCUUACACAGAAAACAUUCGCUGCAUUCCUCAACAUUACAACCAUAUUUUAUACAAUCUUUUUAUAACCCUAUUGAUUUCAAUGCAAUUGUAACCGAAAACAAUCAGAAAGAUGAACCGGGUGUUGUUGAAUUAGUAGAAUUAGUGCAGAAAACCAAGGAUUUUACUUCUAGGAAGGAAGCUAUUGAUUUUGUAGCUGGUUCUAGUAUUAAUCCUGAUGCCAACAAGGUUUAUUUAGCUAUCUGGGAAUUGAGGAAUGAUUGGAAGUUGGCUUUAUUGGCAUUUGAAUUGAAUUUAAAAUGGAGUUUUGAAAAUGAGAAAUCAUUAGGUUUGAUAGUUUGGGUAUUGGGUACUCAUCAGAAGUUUGAUGUUGCUUGGUCUUUGAUUCGUGAUUUGCACGGGUCGGCGGAUUCUCGACAAGCAAUGCUUGCUAUCAUAGAGAGAUAUGCAGCAGCAAAUAAUCAUGAGAAGGCCAUUAAAACAUUUCAAUUUAUGGAGAAAUUGACACUACAUCCAGAUCAGAAUGCAUUAUAUACUGUCAUUAGUGCUCUAUGCAGAUAUGGCAAUAUUGAAGAGGCUGAGGAAUUCAUGCUAAAAAAUAAGAAGCUAUUUCCUCUUGAGAUUGAGGGCUUUAAUAUCAUUCUUCAUGGUUGGUGCAAUAUUAUUGUUGAUGUUGUUGAAGCAAAGAGAGUCUGGAGAGAGAUGGCAAGUUGCUGUGUUACACCUGAUGCAAUGUCUUACACACACAUGAUUUCCUGCUUCUCGAAGGUCGGAAACCUUUUUGAUUCUCUGAGACUCUAUGAUGAGAUGAAGAAAAGGGGAUGGAUCCCUGGCCUUGAUGUCUAUAAUUCACUGAUUUAUGUUAUGGCUCAUGAAAACUGUUUGAGUGAAGCUCUUAAAAUUCUUGAGAAAAUCAAAGAGAUGGGUUUAAAACCAGAUUCUAAGUCAUACAAUUGCUUGAUUUGUCCUCUAUGUGAAGCUGGGAAAUUCAAGGAGGCAAAAAAUCUGCUGUCCAUUAUGACACAAGAGCAAGUCCAACCAACUAUUGAGACAUAUCAAGCAUUCUUGAAAGGUGCUGAUUUGGAAAGCACUUUUAAAAUUCUGAGUCAGAUGAAAAACGAUAAAGUUGGUCCAGACAAUUGUACAUUUCUACUAAUUUUUGAUAGGUUUUUUAAAUUAAGAGAACCUGGAAAUGUGUUGAAGCUGUGGGUUGAAAUGAGACACUUUGGAGUAGAUCCUGAAUCAGGACACUACCAGUCUGUUGUGCAUGGUUUGGCAAAUUGCGGCUGUUUGAUGAAGGCUAAGGAAUUGUACACUGAGAUGCUUUCAAAUGGCUUUGUAGAUGAUCCGACACUCCAGAAAUUGCUACAAGGGCCAGAAGAAGGUAGUCAUCAUAGGGAAGUUGGGUCUAUAAAAUUUGUGAGGCCUGCUAAUGAAUCAAAAUCAUCAUAUACAUCCUGUGUCAGACUAGAGAGGGGAGGGGGAAGGAAAAGUCGAGGUGCCAAAAGCUCAAAGAAGCAUCAAAGAUUCAAAGGAUCCUCUGUGUAAUUAUGAUUUAUGAACCAAGUUAUAUCAGAUGAUCUACUAUGUCAUCAAUAUUGCUUCAAUCAAAAUAGUCUUUUGUGAUAGAAAGAUAGCUCUUGGUGAAUUAUAGCUAUGCUAUGAAUGAAAGGUGAAGACAGGCUUGUUAAACUGGUGUAGAUAAUCUGGGAGGGUAACAGUACUGAGGUUAUUCUGGGUAAAAAUUCCAGAGUAUGUGAAUUGAGUACUGAUGUUCACUAAGGAUUGCCUUAAUCUAAUUUCUGUUUGCACCUCCAGCUAAUGAUCGCUUUAGUGUCAGCCCUGUCAGGUUGAUUGCAUGAUGAUAAUAAAGGGUGGAAGCUUGUUAUUCUAGAGUUUGAUGGCAGCUUUGGCCCAGAGAACUAAUUACAUGGGCAUUAAUGGAUGAAAUUGCUUCUAAAACUAAUCUGAUAUGCAUAAAGUUGGCUUUAUGUUUAAAGGGAGCAGGACAGGAGGGAUGGAAAGCUCAAACUUGGCUCUUUUGCUAAGAGACUAUUUCCAAGAUCAGUUUUAUUUAACCCCCAUUUUAUAUGCAAGUUAGCUUGUCAGUUGAGGAUUGCAUCUCUGAAUUUGAUUAGUAUGAUGUCCAUGAAAAGCCUGAAGAAAAAAAAGAACUUUUGUGGUGAUUGCUGAACAUAGAUCUUACUGGAAAGGUUGAGCUCUAGCACAAUGGAUCGUGUGAUUUUUUGAGUAUAUGUGUAGAUCUUCUAUUAGGUUGAUGUGAAUUUGUGGGGGUGCAUCUGCGAGCAAGAACGUUAGAACGCUAAAGAAUAUUGGUUUCUGGCUCUUCAACAUCCAACAAAAACAACGAUGCUGACAGUGCCAUGGUUUUGGGCAUAUAUAUAGCAUCGAAAUACUAAGAGCCUAAGAGGUACAUGUUGACUAUAUACAUGAGUAUGAUGAUCAUAAAUUCAUAAGGCUCGAUACACAUGAUAAUGCUUUAAGGAUAAAGAUUUGAUGAGGAGACUGGUAUAGAAUUCGAGACCCCAUUGAACCUCUUAUGUUGUUUCUCCAUGGAGUCACCCAAAUGUCCUCUCAGCUUGUUGAAUCGGAAAGAAAGGUCUAACCACUUGAAUUAUUCCUCACUCUCGAAUAUCAUUGCUAAUAUAAAUGUUAAACACAAAUACUAUGUAUAGUAAAUUAUAUGCGUUUAUAUAAUGGUACUCCGUAGUAAA